UGACCGGACCCACCCGUCAUUGACCCAUGGAAUCGGCGUGGGAGUGGAGCAGCCCGACGUGUCCUCGCCUGGCGGCGCCGCCGCUCCAAGCGACGCCACGCGUGUCGCUCCUCCACUGCGUCCUCCUCGCGGCCUCCUGCUGCAUCCCACUCGCCAUGCCGCCGGGCGGCGCAAACGAGGGCGAGUGGGCGGCGGUGGAGCGCCGGGGCCCGCACCUGUGGGCGUCGGGGCGGCCCUUCGUCGUCCACGGCUUCAACACCUACUGGCUCAUGUACUUCGCGGGCGACCCCGCCACGCGCCCCGCAGUCACCGCCGCCCUCGCGGAUGCCGCCGGCGCGGGGCUCAAUGUGUGUCGCACCUGGGCCUUCAACGACGGCGGGUACCGCGCGCUGCAGCUCAAGCCCUUCUCCUACGACGAGGAGGUCUUUCAGGCAUUAGAUUUCGUGAUCAGCGAGGCAAGAAACCAUAAGGUGAGGCUGAUACUGUCACUAUGUAAUAACUGGAAAGAUUACGGAGGUAAGGCACAGUAUGUAAGGUGGGGAAAAGAGGCUGGCCUGCAUCUUACUUCUGACGACGCCUUCUUCUCUGAUGCCACAAUCAAGAGCUACUACAAAGCUUUUGUUAAGGCUGUUUUGACAAGAAAAAAUACAAUCACAAAUGUCGCCUACAUGGAUGACCCUACGAUUCUUGCCUGGGAGCUGAUUAAUGAACCACACUGCCAUUCAGAUCCAUCAGGUGACACAUUGCAGGCAUGGAUAGAAGAGAUGGCGUCUUAUGUGAAGUCUAUAGACCCUGUGCACCUUUUAGAGAUCGGCGUUGAAGGUUAUUAUGGUCCGUCGACACCAGAACUUCUGCACGUGAACCCAGAUGCUUAUUCUGGAACUAUUGGGACAGAUUUUAUCAGGAACCAUCGUGCACUGGGAAUUGAUCUGGCUUCUAUUCAUAUUUAUUCUGACAAUUGGUUGCCUCACUCUGAAGAGGACAGUCACCUCCAGUUUGUGAAAACCUGGAUGCAACAGCACAUUGAUGAUGCAGCCAACUUGCUUGGGAUGCCAAUUCUGAUCGGGGAGUUUGGGGUAUCACUUAAGUGUGGAAAAUUUGGCCAUAAGUUUCGUGAAGCUUUCAUGGAGACAGUCUACAGCACUUUUUUGAGGUCUUGGAAGAGUGGAGUGAUUGGAGGAGGCUGCCUUGUUUGGCAGCUUUUCCCUGAAAGCACUGAGCACAUGGAUGAUGGUUAUGCAGUCUUUUUUGCAAAAUCGCCAUCCACAUUAAAAUUACUUACAGAUCACUCAAGGAGUCUGGAAUCUUGAAAAUGUGUUGCCUCCCUACUUAUAAGAGUAUAUGACACAAUCCAUGCUUUUAAGUUUUUGCAAGCCAAAAAGCAUGUCCCAGAAAGUUGAAUGUUUAGUGUGUAAAUUGUAAGGCACGUGUGAGUAUGGCACAAUAAUAUGUUCUGGUCUCUGCAUCUAAAAAAUAAUGUCUUCAUGUAAUUGAGAGGGUAGAUAUUGAACUUUGGAAUGAAAUUCUCUGCGUCAUGCACUUACCGAAUUGCAUUCCAACAAUACUCUUAUACAAAUCAAGUGAUUUCUUUGU